AUGAAGCCAGAUCACGAGCGUGUUACGAAACUAUUAACAGAUACCAUCACCUUGCUAUGCAAAAAUGGGCUGAGUUAUGAUAAGACGAUACAGAUUCAAGGGCUUGUGGCCGUUACCAUUGAUUCUUCUGAUAUAGUAGUUAUCCAAAUGAACGAUACCUUCACAUGCACAUCAGAAGAUCGACAACAAAGCGUUGCUGUUAGCAGUGAUGUUGAAUCUCAAUCUAGUGUGACUCUAGAUCGCCUCAUCAGCAACAGUAACAACAGCCAAAUUGCAAGAAAAAGACCUGCAUCAACGGAUAUUGUUGAUUUGACCAGAUUGGUUGAGACUCCUGAUGCGUUUAAUUUAUCACAAAAUCAGCAGAGAAGGCAAGAUGUUCUAAGGCCAAUGAGAUCUGAACUGCUUUCUGUGAGACCAGAUAACUUUUUGAAUAACCGUAGGGCAUCAAUGUUACCACCAAAAAUUCCCUCUAGUACUUCUAGCAGGCUUGUGUCUCGGAAUAUGCCUUUGUCAUUUCAUCCAUCACCUUUGCCACCAGAUUAUUGGUCAUCCAAUUCUAAUGGUUCAGUUUGUAGAUCUCAAUUGAAUUGCAGUUCUCAAUCACGUUGCAUGCAAUCUCAAAUGCCACUGGUUUCAAAUUACUCUUCAACUUCUAGAAUGCCAGAUGAAAUGGGUCAUAUUAGUACAAGUUCUUUAGAUACAAGGUUUAGCAUGCAAUCAUGUUUUAAUAAUGACACUUAUAUGGAUAGUAAUAAUAGCUCAAACCACAAUUCAAAUAACAGAAGAAUUAACAAUGUUAAUGCAAAUAGACUUCCUCCAACUUCUUUAGAAAGAUCUGGAUAUUUAGAUCCCAAUCAAAUUUCAAAUAUAAUGGAAUAUGAACGGUUAUGUGGCUUGGGAGCACUUCAGUCUCAACAGCCACAUCUCACUACUGACAAUAUUUGCCCGGACAAUAAUUUAUUUUAUCACAGACAAAUUCAGCCAAUAAGCACUCAGCAGCAACCUGAUAGCAUCGGUGCUUUACCAGUAUUAAAUAAACCAAGAAGAUCAUCAAGAAGCAGACCAACCGAACAGCAUGUAAAUCUGUGCAAUGAUGAAGAUGAUGUUGAUGGUAAUACCAUUCAUAACAAUGAUAUACUCAGAGAUGCUGUACUGCAUGAGAUAUCGUGGGUGAAAUUAUUUAUGGCUUCCAGAAGUUUUGCAGUGUAUGGCCCAAUGAUGUGGAACAGUUUGCCAAAAGAAUUAAGAAGAAAUGAAAUUGAAGAGGCAGUUUUUAGAAAAAAAACUCAAAGCAAUUUGUGA